CCUAUUUACUUUUUUUUAAAAAAAGAACUUUUAGUAUUUAAAGAUUAUAUUAAUAAAAAUACUGUUAAUAAAAAAAUAUACUUAUUUAAAAGCCCUACAGGGACCCCUAUUCUUUUUAUAUCUAAAAAAAAUAAAAGUUUGCGGCUAUAUAUAGAUUAUUAUAAACUUAAUAAAAUUAUAAUAAAAAAUUAA